AUGACUGAUGCCAAAGACAACAUUUCACUGUUCGAUCACACGUCUGGCACUGCCGUUAAACCUGCUGACGAUGCUCCUGCUCACGACCGCUCACAGUGGCAAACUCGCGAUGCUGCUGCGAGCCUUGCUAUUCGCAACCACCUGCCGAUCACUGAGCGCGCGCAUUUUAGCCAGCACAAGACUGCAGAGGCACUGCACGACGCUGUAGUUGCGCGCUACUCCUCCCCGGCCACUGCAGCAUUAGGCCGUCUUAUGCUACCCUACCUGUUCCCCGACCUGUCCUCGUUUCACACUGCUGAGGACCUCAUCGCUCACCUGCGCGCUAGUGACACUCGUUUUCGUUCCGCCCUUACAGACGAGUUCCUCGCCAAGAACACCCCUCCGAUGUACUUUACGCUCUACUUCCUCGUCACCCGCCUCCCUGACUCUCUUCGCUCAGUCAGGGACCACUUUCUCGCUCUAGACCCUACCGCGCUCACCAUCGACGACUCAGAGACGCAGCUCCUCGCAGCGGAGAAGAACAUCCUUGCUGUGGUGGGAAGCGCCGCAGCACCAGGGGGCAGAGGGGCUGGCAGGGGAGGUGGAGGUGGCGGUGGAGGGGGCGGUGGUGGAGGCGGCGGGGGAGGUGGAGGAGGUGGGGGUGGUCGGGGUGGUGGCGGUGGUGGUGGAGGUGGCGGUGGUACCGGGAGCAGUGGCGGUGGCAGCGGCGGUAGUGGGGGAGGAGCCAGUGGUGGUGGCAGCAGUGGUGGCCAGGGCCAGCAGCAGCAGCAGCAGCAGCGGCAGCACCAGGCCCCCUCGUCUCAGCAGCUUCAUGACUGCAAUGCUUGGCUCGCCAAGUUCCCCGAGGCUACUGAGUUCCCCAACUGGGCAGACCUGCUUAGGCGUGGUGUACCUAUAUUUGAUAUUGACUAUGAUGUUAUUCUUGCUACCGUUGCUUGCACGGUCCACCACUGUGCUUCCGUGUCCGGCGGUCCCGUCUGUCUGUACACCCUCACCACGACGUCGCGCUCCACCCCUUUGUCUCCUCAGCUGUACGCGUCUGCUCAGGUAGCUACCCAGUGUGAGUGUCGCCGCCUGUCGCACGACACUCUCCCGUGUCACCACCGCCUCGGUCACCCCUCCCUGCCUUGCCUGCGUGGCAUGCACUCUCGCUCCCUGGUCUCUGGGCUUCCCAGGUCUCUGCCUGCCCUCCCUCCCUCGCCUGCGCCGCCCUGCAUUCCCUGCGUCGAGGGGCGGCAGCGCGCCGCUCCUCACUCCUCCUCGUUUCCUCCCACAGAGGCUCCGCUGCAGACGCUCCACCUGGACGUGUGGGGCCCAGCCCGCGUCCAGGGGCAGGGCCGCGAGCGGUACUUCCUGCUGGUUGUCGACGACUACACGCGUUACACCACGGUCUUCCCCUUGCGCAGCAAGGGUGACGUCCCUGCUGUUUUGAUCCCCUGGAUCCGCGCUGUUCGUCUCCAGCUCCGCGAGCGGUUCCAGUCGGACUUUCCCGUCCUGCGUCUGCACUCUGACAGAGGUGGUGAGUUCACCUCCGACCUCUUGCGAGCCUUCUGUGAGGAGCACGGCAUCACCCAGUCGUUCACGCUUCCGGCCUCUCCGCAGCAGAAUGGGGUUGUUGAGCGCCGCAUUGGCUUAGUCAUGGAGGUCGCUCGUACCUCCAUGAUCCAUGCGGCUGCCCCCCAUUUUCUGUGGCCGUUUGCGGUCCGGUACGCCGCGCGUCAGCUCAACCUCUGGCCCCGUGUCUUCUUGCCGGAGACCUCGCCCACACUGCUGUGGACGGGGAAGGUUGGCGAUGCGUCGCGUUUCCGGGUCUGGGGUGCUCGUGCCUUUGUCCGCGAUACCACCGCGGACAAGCUCUCCGCUCGCGCCAUUCCCUGCGUCUUCCUUGGUUUUCCUCCUGACGCGCCUGGCUGGCAGUUUUAUGACCCCACCUCGCGCCGUGUCUUUGUGUCUCAGGACGUCACCUUUGACGAGUCCGUCCCCUUUUACCGUCUCAUUCCCAACCGCACUACCCCUCGCCCCCUGCCGCCGCUCGCUCUCGCUCCAGCUCCUUCCCAAGUAGACCCCCUCCCCGCGCCAGGUCCUGCUCCUUCAGGUGUUUCUCAGGUGCCUGGGGGUGCGGAGCCUGAGCGUGCGGAGCCUGGGGGUGCUGAGUCUGGGGGUGCGGAGUCUGGGGGUGCUGAGCCUGCGCGUGAGGAGACUGGAGGUCCUGCGCCUGGGGGUGCUGUGUCUGGGGGUGCUGAGCCUGUGUGUGCGGAGUCUGGGGGUGCUGAGUCUGGAGGUGAGACGCCCGAGGGUACUGGGACUACUGGUGCGCGAUCUCCUUGGAGUGGCCUCCUUCGUCCGCGUGUGCCUCUCACCUCACAGCAGCUGCACGACUGGUACGGUCGCCAUCAGGGUCGCGCUGCUGGAGCCCGGGGCUCUGCUGCUGGAGGUACUUCUGCUGACGUCCCUGGAGCUAGGAGUGGUGCUGGUACUUUGUCUACUGGAGGUGCUGGAGUCGCUGGUCCCGGAGGUGCUCGUACUGGAGGUACUGGAGCUGUUGGGGCUGGGGGUGCUGCGUCUGAGGGUGCCGCUGUUGGAGGCACUGAGGCAGGAGACCCUGGGACUGGAGGUGCUGGUUCUGGGGGUACUGCUGCGGGAGACACUGCGGCUGGAGACCCUGGGACUGGAGGUGCUGGUUCUGGGGGUGCUGCUACUGGAGACACUGAGGUUGGAGACCCUGGAGCUGGAGGUGCCGGUUCUGGGGCUGGAGGUUCUGGAGCUGCUGGAGCUGCUGGAGCUGCUAAAGCUGCUGGAGCGUCGUGA